AUGCCCACGGGGAUCUACGUAUCUGCUACAACUACUUCCACCAACUUCUACACUUGUAUUCCACUCAAGAUGGCUGAUGAACGUGAGAAAAAUGUGUAUCUCUCGAAGCUCGCUGAGCAGGCUGAGCGUUACGACGAGAUGGCUUCCUUCAUGAAGGCUGUGGCCGAGACUAACGCCGAGUUGAGCGUCGAAGAGCGCAACUUGCUGUCGGUCGCCUACAAGAAUGCUGUUGGGUCUCGACGUGCUUCCUGGAGGAUCGUCUCAUCUGUCGAGCAGAAGGAGACCUCUAAGGGUAACACCAGCAAUGCUGAAAUCGCUAAGAUCUUCAAGGAGAAGGUUGAAGCAGAGCUCCAGGGUAUUUGCGACACUAUCCUCACGUUGUUGGACAAGAGCCUAAUCCCCCACUCCCAAACCGGAGAGUCCAAGGUCUUUUAUUAUAAGAUGAAGGGAGACUACAACCGUUACAUUGCUGAAUUCAAUACGGGCGAAGGAAAGAGCAAUGCCUCCGAAGCUGCUCAUCAGGCAUACAAGGACGCUACUGCUAUUGCUCAGUCUGAUCUGCCCGUCACGCAUCCUAUCAGGCUUGGCCUCGCCCUCAACUUCUCAGUUUUCUAUUAUGAGGUUUUGAAUCAGCCUGACGAGGCUUGUAAGAUGGCGAGGACGGCAUUCGAGGACGCCAUUGCCGAGCUCGAUAAUGUUAGCGAGGAUAGCUACAAGGAUUCCACUCUCAUUAUGCAACUCCUUAGAGAUAAUCUGACUCUUUGGACAUCUGAUCAGGAUGGUGCAGCCGAUGCUGCGCAAUAAACCGGAUUGUCGACAAGCCGUUGAGGUCUUUAAGUGGCGGUUAUCAUCUAUAACUAUGCGGUGCCGUUUGACUAAUCAUUAGAUGUGGAUCGAUGCUGGUUCAUCUAGAAUCU